AAUACAUCUACACAUUGAAACAGGAAGCUGCACCAAAAAAGAAAGCAGCAGCUCAUGUUCACACUGCGCUUAGAGCAGCAGCAGGUCUUAUCACGUUUUUUAAAGCUACGGUCGAGCUUUAUGGACCUGGCGGCCUUAAAAAUCUGAGAGACGUUGGUUUCUGGAAAUCAACCUACAUUAAUUUUUCUUUAAAAAAUUGAUCUGAGCAGAAACAAAGACAUCCAUCACACUCUCCCACGAUGAACCAGACAAACUGCACCGACCCCAAAGCAGAGUUUCAGUACUAUCUCUUCCCAUCGAUCUACAUCCUGGCUUUAGUUAUAGGCCUUCCGGGGAAUCUGGUGGCUCUGUAUGUCUUCACCGUCCGGAUCAGCCCUCGAACAGCCUUCAGUGUCUACAUCAGCAACCUGGCCGCGGCGGACGUCAUCAUCCUCUGCAUGCUGCCCUUGCGGAUCCACUACCACCUCCAUGAGAACGUAUGGGAGUUUGGAGACUUUGCCUGUCAACUCACCGGGACUCUGUACUAUGCCAACAUCUACAUGAGCAUCUGCUUCAUGACCUGCAUCUGUGUGGACCGCUACAUGGCCACGGUGCAUCCACACACCUACCUGAGAAUGAGGAACCCAAAAUGGUCUCUGCUGGUAAGUGUGGCGCUGUGGUGUUUUGGUGGAGUGGCUAUACUGGUCUUCAUCCUCAUGGGUCCACUGGAGAGAGGGGAUGACCACAGCUGUUUUGAAAACUUUGCCACCACAGAGUGGAACGACCGAUUGAGGACUUACAGUAUAGUCAGUCUGAUUUUUGGCUCCCUGAUGCCCUCCAUUAUCAUCCUGGUGUGCUACCCGCUGGCAGCCAAACGCAUUUCCGAGAUCGGCACCAAAACAGCUCAGAAGGCUGUGAGGGUCAUCUACACCAUCCUGGCCAUCACACUGUUCUGCUUCCUGCCACACCAUGUGGUUUACCUCCUGCACCUUCUUCAGCGCCUGGAAGUCAUCCAGAACUGCUCCGUCCGGACUUCCAUCUACAACGCCAGACGAGUUACCAUGGCGCUCAUCACCCUAAAUACAUGCCUGGACCCUGUGCUCUACUACAUAACCACCAGCCACUUCAGAUGGGAGCACUUAAAAAGGACGUGGCUUUGGGGGAUAGUGAGCAGGAGAAGGGGCGUUUACACCAUCUCAAGUGACCUGAAUGAGAUAAUGCCGCCUGUACAGAGAAUCCUGUAAAAGACAAAGACUUUGUGAUAUAAAAAUUAAAAAGGUUUUCACACCUGAUAGAUUAGUAGACUUGGUGCAAUUGGAGACCAAAGUAGCAACAAUUGUUACAUUUACAGCUGGUGUGGUUUAUUUUUACACUGCACUGUGUAAAAUGAAUCAAACCAUUUGAAAAACCCGUUUAGCCCCUUGUCUAUGGUGUUGCUGCACCAAGAACCACUGAAGGUAAUAACACAAAAACCUCUGAAGACAUGACUGCAACUCCCUUAUUCCUAAAAUCCAAACAAAAAUGGAGUGGUGUCAGAUUUCAGUGUUAUCGGGCUUUCUAUUUUGUCUAUUUUGUAAUAGACUAUGAGCCAUUUCUGUCCUACUGCUAGACACAUGCAAUAGUCUAGCACUACUUUUGGAGUGGUCUCGGCUCCACUUAGCAUUCACAUUUGAACAGCACCACAGUUCACUUUCAACCAAACCCAGACUUAGGUUUGUAGACAGACCAGAGUUUGCUUUUUUGGUCCGCUUCAGUGUUCGAUUGUGCAUUCGCACAUCCCCAAAUGAACCAGCAUAUGAUUAAAUAGGACUAAACAUAGCUGGUGUGAAUGCAUACUAAAACCUUUUAACUUUAAUGUAUUCUUUGAGCUGUAGAUCAGAGAUGUCAGUUUGUGAGGACAUCUCUUAUCCACAGCUUUCCUUUCAGGUUCAGUUCUACCCUUCUUCAUCUUGAGCUUUCUGACACGUUUUGGUUACAUCAUCCACCAUCAUGAACACUCUUGUUCCGUUACAACAGUAACCCCUGAGCAUUACGACGCCACCACCAUGUCUCAUUGUGGGUAUUGUGGGACUUUGAUUUGGUAAUAUCUCUGCAUCAAAUCCAAUCAUCUUUUUAGUGAUUACACAUUCAUUGCACCAUAGAAAAUUCUACCAGAGCCUAGAUGUUUUCUGUUACAAGUAAAAUAACAAACAGUUGCUAAAAGUCCUGCAACUCCUUCUUUGUUACUAUAAGCCACAGAUGUUUGUCUACCUCCCUGACCCGUUUCAAUCUUCUCUUUUGGUCAGUUUUAGAAAGACAUCCAAUUCUUGUAAUGCAUUUUUGCAUUUAUUUAUUAUACCUUCUACAAGCUUAAAGAGAUUGCUUAACAUUGAAGGCAAGUGUAAGUUUAUCCAACCUGACAGCUGAAAUAAAUUCAACACAAAUGUGCAAAAUUAUGAAACGCAGAACUUCCGCUUUAUAUUUUACAACUAAUGGGUUUGUUUUUCAGCUGAAUUGUACAGGAAUUAUGAUAUGCUGUAUGGCAUACAACAUAUCAUGUGAUAUGUUGACAUACAACCUAUCACAUUGGAAGUGAAAGUAUGAAAAUGCAUUAAGGUCUCUUUUAAACAGGGGUGUGCACACAUUUUACAAACACUGGAUAAAUAGGUACAAUAUUAAAAAGUGAAGCUCUUUCUGUAAAAAUGUAUAUUAGUGGUGGCAAAUUUCAAAAUAAAAUAAUUAAAAUCUGAAUUUCUCUGGAAGCUUCAGUCAUUUGAUCAACAGGAAUGGAGCCUUUGUAGUUGUUGAGUGUCUGCUAAAAAGGAAGCAGCUUUAGCUGACAAGAAGACGACUGACAUUUUCUGCACUGAAGAGCAGGUGAUGGAAACUUUCCAUUAAGAGUCAAAUCGUUCCAAGUUACAUUGUUCCAAAACAAACACAAACAAAAACAACU